AUUUAUUUGGCUAACAUGACUUCCUGAAGCCUUUAUAACUUGAGCUUGCUUCAUCAAUAACUUCACCACUCCCUAAAAGCUUAUUUUUGGCACCCCAUAACUGACACAAAAGCAAACACCAUACUCUGUGUCUCUCCCUAACUUUCACCACACCACACCCCAUCACUUUGCUUUGUUUUUCCCUUUAUCCUUCUUCUAUUCUUCUUCCUCUCUUCUUUGUCAUCAUCACAUUGUUUGCUUCAUUUCUUGGUUAUAUGGAGGGUCAACCAGCCAAACGUAGACGCGUUUACUCAGUUGAACCAAACAAAGUAGUAGAAGCAGCAUUUGCUAGAAACUACAUGAACUAUUUAGUUCCAGCUUUGAUGAAGAUCAAGGAAAUUAAUACUUGUGGUGGUGAUAUUCAGAAUGUUGUCAAGCAUGAAGUGGACAUGGCAAUGGUGUCCUCAGCCCAAGGCUUUGCAUGGAGUAAUUCUCUCAAACUCAAGCUUCAAAAUCAAAGGGAGGAUAUUGGAGUCAAUGUAAAUGGAAACACUAGUAUCCCUCAAAGCCCUAGUUCAGAGUCACAGGCUAAGAUUUUGGUGAGUAAGUCUAAGAACAAUGACAUGCCAACAAUGAAAAGGGAUUUAAUUGAUGUUGAAGAUGAUGAUGAGGUCAUUAAUGGGCAGUUGAAAAGCUUAAAAAGGUUGAUACCUGGAGGAGAAAAUAUGUGUAAUGAUGAAAUGGUGGUAGAACUAGAGAGCUACAUAGGUUGUUUGCAAAUGCAGGUGAAUAUUCUUCAGUACCUUGCUGAUCAGACAAGUUGAUAUUCAUAUCUGCUUUUGCUUUUUCAUCAAAAAGUUACUCUUGUUUUUCCUCAAGGUAAAGCAACUAUAGUAUGUUAAUUUAUGUUCAAUGUGUUGUACUAUAUAUCGUUUUCAAUAUAGUUUUUUAUUGGAAAAUGUUUG